CGGUGCUGCCUGGGCUGCCCCGGCCCCCUGCGUGCGGGCGGCCGCCUCCCCCGCCUCCUCCCCCGGUACAUGGCUGGCGGGCCGUACUUGUCACGGUGUCACAUCCUCUCUGCCGGCUGCGGCCCCAACUUCCCCCCUAGCUCGGCUGCCGCCGCCGCCCGGGGCCACCGCAGCGGCAUGGGAUAGAGCACAGCUGCCUCAGCGCCUGGCCGCCGCCUCCGUCGCGCAGCCCGGCGCCUCGCCGCACGCUCAUUUUAAAUUAAUUUCCCCCCCUCCGGUUUAAAUUCCUCACCCGUACUCCCCCCCACUGCCUCUUCAUCCCCCACACCGCCUCUUUCCGUUGGCACCCCCUUCCCCUCCCGUUUGGCCGCCCCCCGUUCCCCUCAGCGCCUCCCUCAACGGUCCUCAACGGCCCUCGCCGCGGAGCCCCCCGGAGCGGAAAACUUCUGAGGAUUAAAUGUAAAGCUGCUCUGUUAAGUGACCAUACCAAAAAAGCCCUGUUUACGUCUUCUGUGCUACCAGUGAAACAGAUAUAUGUUGGGGAAAGGAGGAAAGCGGAAGUUUGACGAGCAUGAAGAUGGGUUGGAAGGCAAAGUGGUGUCUCCUACUGACGGUCCCUCUAAGGUGUCUUACACCUUACAGCGUCAGACUAUCUUCAACAUUUCCCUUAUGAAACUUUAUAACCACAGGCCAUUAACCGAGCCAAGCUUGCAAAAGACAGUUUUAAUUAACAACAUGUUGAGGCGAAUCCAGGAAGAACUCAAACAAGAAGGCAGCUUGAGGCCCGUGUUCGUGACUGCUUCGCAGCCCGCCGACCCUCUCAGCGACAACUUCCGCGAGGCCCAGCCGGCGUUCAGCCAUCUCGCCUCCCAGCCCCUUCUCCCCACUGACUUUGUAAGCACUACGCCCCUGGAGUCUUGCCUCACCCCAGCCUCUUUGCUCGAGGACGACACUUUUUGCACUUCCCCGACUGUCCAGCACGAUGGUCCGACGAAAUCACCACCUCCUGCUCUCCAACCAGUCAAGGACAGCUUCUCCUCAGCCUUGGACGAAAUCGAGGAGCUUUGUCCAGCACCUACCUCUGCAGAGGCAGUAGCAGCUGAAACAGCAGCUGAUGACUCUAAAGACCACCCCAGCGAGUCCAAUGUUCAAAAGCCCGAGGGCCUCCCGGAGAGCAGAACAGCCGAAUCAAAACUCAUGGACUCGCUACCUGGCAACUUUGAGAUAACGACUUCCACAGGUUUCCUCACAGACUUGACCCUGGAUGAUAUUCUGUUUGCUGACAUUGAUACGUCCAUGUAUGAUUUUGACCCCUGCACAUCUGCCACAGGGGCUGCCUCAAAAAUGGCUCCUGUCUCAGCAGAUGAGCUCCUGAAAACUCUUGCUCCAUACAGCAGUCAACCAGUAACUCCAAAUCAGCCUUUCAAAAUGGACCUCACAGAACUGGAUCACAUCAUGGAGGUGCUUGUUGGGUCUUAAAAUAUAGAAAUAUAGCAACUUUUUUUUAAAAAAAAUUUUAAGUACCAGUAUAUACACUUGGUAGUAUUUCCAUAGUCCCUCCCACCCCCAAUUCACAGCACUGUGCAUGCAUCCUUGCUUGCCUUUUUUGAAAAGAAAAGGAUCACACUAGUUUUUGCUUCAAGCAGAGUUGGAGUGCCUUCAUCCAUGUAUGACCACUUUUAAUGUAUUUUUUUUAAAGUGGUUCCUCAAGGAAGACCGAAUAUCCUGGUAUAGGAAAGAAUAUGUAUUGUAGACAAUGUUAUGUUAUUACAAAAAAAGAAGAAAAAAAAUUGUAACAGCUAAGCACAAGGAUUAUGUUGGGGAAAGCUGUAAAUUGCAUGUGCAUAUUUGUCUAUUUUUUCUAUAAGUUUUAUUGCAAGAGGUAAAAAAUUUUAUUAUUUAGAUAAUCUCAAUACCAUUUUAGCCCUGUAUAGGUUGACUUAGCAAUUCAGCCUUUUGGAGGCAUUAACCUGCUCCUCUUUAAGUGUUGCAUUUACAUGGCUGUUUAGAAACUGCUGCCCAAAUUUAUUUUAUAUUUUUGUACAGAUUCUGCAGUUUAUGAUAUUGUUUUUUCUAAAAACAAAUGCUGUUUAUACACACAAAAAAAUAGCUAUUUUGAUAGGAUUUGCUCACAUAGUUCCUGCAUAAUUCAGAUGUACAAGAACCACUUGUACUUUUAUACAGAGUUGUAAUGUUUUAUAUGUGUAUGGUGCAAAGAGAAAAUUGGAUCAAAUAAGCCUGCAGUCGGUUUCCCUGAAUGCAAACAAAAAAGUGCUUUAAGAAAGGGCUGGGAGCUGCUUCUGCAGGAGUUUCACAAGUGUUUGCUCCCUGCUGUACCCACUGCGCACUACUGUGAUUCCUGAAACUUAGAGCCAUGUCCUUUUCCAACACGUAUGUGAAGCAGUUGGCAGGAAACAGUUGUGGAACUUCACCUGAAGAGGUCCUGAGCACCACCAUGGCUGCAGCCUCCCCGCCCCGGCAUCGGGCUGGCAUCCCCGAGCCCACCCGUGUCCCCCUUGCCGGGGCAUCCAUCCUGCGUGACGUGGAGCUCCUUAACACGGCGGCAGAUCAGCACUUCCUCACCUGAAGCUCCUGGGAAUGGUUUUGAGGGGGCAUGUGCCCGUCACCCGCCAAGAGCCACCUCUCCUGGCAAGCUUCCUGACCGACGGGCAUAUGUACAGAGCGGGCAGAAGACCGGCAUUGACGGUGUCCACUUGCCCUUUCUUGGAGCAUUUCUCCUUCCCUCUCCCCACCUCACUGUGCUAAGUGCUGAAAAAGGCAACUUCAGUAUUACUGCAGUGAAGCUCAUCUCUUACCUGCACUGGAUGGACUCAUGUUAAUAUCCAUUGCUGUUGAAACUGGAGCCAGUCGUGUUACAUCACUUGGCAUCUCGUAUAGGGUUGGUUUCUUGUAUCAACUGUGUUACCUGCUUUACACUUUAUAGACCCAUUUUACAAUGAAUAUACAGACACAGCUUUCUAUGCAUGGUCCCGUUCCCCGUAACACCCGAGAAGUCUUCUCAUUACUGCACCAAUAGCAUUUUUUUUUAAGUUCAUUGUGGUGUACAUUUAAUUUAAAAAAAAAAAAAAAGUUUGCAAUGUAUCAUGCCUAUUGCUGAAGUUGCUAUGGCAUUUUAGUUUUUCAAUGGUACUUUAGCUGUUGAGCACCGGUUACAGCCUAUAUUGUUGACAUGCCUAUGGCUUCUUUAGGAAUAACUUUUAUAUUUAUUUAAGAAAUUUUAAAUUAUGUUUUACGUCAUUUGGCAAUAUUCAGUCAGUUCUGCUCCCUUCUUGUCAUGGAUGAAAUUGGGUCUUGUCUGCCUUUUAAGGAGGCAGCUUUUUAUAAAUUGGCACUUUAAAACAGGCCAUAUAUAUUUAUUAGUAUAUAGAUAGGUAGAUGUAACAUAGAUAUGCACACAGACACAGUAUAAAAGCAAAUACAUUUUGCAAUGAAGGAACUCCUAAUCAAAAUGAAAUGCGUCAUGUACAAUUACAAAAUGCGCUUUUGGCUCCUAAUUCAUCUGCCGGGGUGAGACAUCAGGCUGGGGGAGGAGGGGGGGGAACUGGCUGAGCAGGGCGUGUGUGCUUUCUUCUUUUUUUUUCCAAGCCGAACUCAGUGAAGCAGCAGGAUUGCUGAUGGAUUUGCAGUCAUUUCCUUACACUGACUGAAAGAAAAAAAGGUUUUGCUUCAAACAGAAAACCCUUGACCAAGUGUAGCUUUAGGGACCAUCAGAAGUGAGGGGGUGGGCAAGGAGGGAGAGACAGCUCUGUCUCGCCCCCAGCAGCGACUGGACAUUGCUCAGCUGCAGUCCUUGGCCCUUGUAGGAAAACAGCCCUGCUAGAUUCUGCACCUUUCGUAACUGGGAGAAUGCUAGCCACGCAGGACCCCCGUCUGCACCAACCUGUAGGCAUGCAGUAACUUGGUUAAAAACCAAUUUACAGUGCGCUGGAGCUACCCUUUUUUUUAGGAUUACUUGUGAAUUUAAACAAAGACCAUAUGCUAGUCAAAAGUUCACAUCAUUGCCAGUUUUGGGGAGCUGUGCUGGCCUUUAAGUGGGGUUAGUUGAAGUUUUUUUUUAUCCACGGAACAGGAGACGAGCUCUAAAUCCACUUCACCACUUGGAGGACGAUGUCUGUGUAUCCUUGGUGCUGAAGCGCACGUCCUAUGGCAGAGGAGAUCCCAUAGGACACAAACAUACCUGAGUUAGGGGCUAGAUAAAAGGUCAGCAAGGCUGGUGCUGGUCCGGAACCGUGGCAGGCUGUGGAGGGAAGGGCUCAGUGGUGGUUUUGCCACGGUCCAAACAGCAGCCACGUGUGGAACAUCUACGCCAGGGACGGAGAUUGACAUUAAUGUGCAAUGAAGUGACAAGAUGGGAGCAGAAUAACAGAGCUUUGGAUUUGAAGUGAUUUUUUUUUUUCUUUUUUCUGUUUUUCAUAAAUUAUUUAUUUUUUUUCCUUCUGUAAAUAUAUUUAUUUUAUUGUGAAGCUAACAACAUCUGGAUUGUAACAUGUACAGAAUGUAUGGUAGGAAUGUAUUCUCUCGUAGGAAUGUAAAUCUGUAUGAAAAAGGGUAUGGGAGCCAGAUUCAGAGAAAAUGAAUUGAGUUCCAGUCAGGAUAUGCAUGGUUCACAGGACUUUUUUAUUUUUCCCCACUCUUUUUCUAAUAUGGGUCUGCUUGUUUGAAAUAUGCAAAAAAAGGUAUGGAUGAGGGACAGUUUUAUGUUCAAAAUUAGUCACAGUCAGGCUCCUACCCCACCAGCUUCUCAAGACUGGCCUCCCCUAGCACUCUGCUGGAAUCUGCAACAGGAGCCAGGAGCAAAUGCAAUCAUCUCCAUCGCGCUGGCCUGGUAAAUAUUUUAAAAAAAGUGAUUUUUUUUUUUUAAAGUUUUUUUUUUUUUUUUAACCACACAAGGGAAGCCCAUCUGAAGUCCCUGGGGCUGGACGGCUGAAGAAGGUUGGAGGAUGUUGCCUCCAGCCCCAGAAGCUGCAACAGAGCUGACACAGAAGGUAAGGCCAGACAAGGAGCCGUGACCGCACGCUGCACGUGUGGCAGAAGGUUUGCUUGCUUGAGUUCAAACUCCCUGCGUUGCUCUGCGUGUCCCGCCAACCCGUCCUCGGACCCCCCCCCCAGGUCCCCUCCAGAGUCCGGUGGGACCCCACAGCCCUAUAUGCAAAGGAAGGGGAACCUUCCUCUUCAAGAGAACAUUGUCGAGCAGCAUCAUAUUUGCAUGCAUCAACCUGCCACCUUCCUUGCAGCCAUCUAGAACAGCAAGACCCUAAAGCCACUGGCUGAAGCAAUGGCUGUAAGAAUAAAUUCAGGCCUUGUGAAAGGUAAUUUGGUCUUUCCUCAGUGCUGCGUGGCAAUAGCCUGGGUUGUUUAAAACCAAUGUUUUGAAUCCAAAGUUUACACUUUUAGCACCAUGAAAUUGAGUAAAUCAUAAUGGGUCCUGUCUGACAAACAGUUUGAUUCACUCCGGCAUAUUGUGAACUUUUUGUUCUUGUUACAGGGUUUCUUUUGGUUUGGUUUUGGGGUUUGUUUCCCACUCCCCCGUCAGGUUUCAGUACCCUGCUUCUGUGCAAGUUGCUUUCAGUGCUUCUAUUAAUUAAUGAGACUGAACAUUUUUAAAUAAAUUAGUUAUUUUUUAAGCACUUUUUCUGAAAAUAAGCCUAAUGCAAGUUCUGGAACCUCUUUAAAAACACAAAUUGCAGAUAAAAAUCCCAGCCUCAACUUCUGUCUAAUUCCGAGUGUAAUCUGUACUAGUGCCUAUAAAGGCCAAGAUUCUGGAAAAAGGUGUAAAUAGUGUGACAUGUUCAGUGCAUGGUUGUUUGAACAGGGCUUGUUAUUGUUUAAAAAAAAAAAAAGAAAAAAAAAAGAAGGCGGCUGUAUUUCCCCUUCCCCUCCCACAGACCUUAGAGCUGUGCCUUUUCUAUGCAAUAUUACAGACAUAUACAUCUGAAACCAGAUUACUGUAUUCACAUGUAGGUAUGGGCUGUAAUCAAAAAAAAAAAACAAUUGGACAAAUGUACAUGGAAAUGAGCAGUCUUACUUUUGUAGUUUUAUAUUAUACAAUAAACAAUUAAAAUAACACCCGGCUUCCUUCUUUUCCUGCACAAAAGAGGA